AUGUCGAGGGGGGAGCACUUGGAUUUACACGAACCCAUUGACCAAGGAGAAUCUGCCCGCGAACUACUCGAUAUUGAGAUUCCUCAGUCUCCUCCAGCGGAGCUGCUCUACAUGCUUCUUCCAGAGCCAAGUAUGGGCGAUGGGCCUCACCACCAUAUCAGAUGGCCCGAUCAUAUAUCCAACAAGGCUUUCGAAAGAAUGAUGACUAGUCUUCUCGAUGGCGACUGCAAGGGACAGCUUUUCCAUCAAUAUAGUAUUUGUGUCUAUGUGAAAGCGAUGUUUCAUCUAUAUCAAUUGGCGCGGAGAUCGACAAACCCCGCGGUAAAGAAGCAGCUUCAGAAGUCGAAACGAACAUACGAGGCUGCUGCACUUCAAGCACUCAAGCACAUCAAUCUUAUAUCGACGCCGAGCUUGUCACUUAUCCAGGCUCUCAUUUCAGCUGCAUUACUGAUGCAACACACCACCAAUAUUAGCCAGUGCUGGCUACUGAACUCGUAUGCUGCUCGCCAGAUCAUAUCUCUAAACUAUCAUAAGCCUUGUUCUCCGCCCUCUCAAUCAGGCUGCAACGAUGAGAUUCAGAGUGCCGUCUACUGGUGCUUCUAUCUCGAUCGAACUACGAGUGCUCUCCUAAUACGACAUCCCUCGCUAACAGAAUUGAAUGCGCCUCCGACAGGCUUUAUUACCACUAAUAUAUCAUCACCCUAUAAUAAGUUGUUACUCGUGCUUCUAGAUUUAGCAAAGGUUCAAGGAACAUUGUUGGAUAUAACACUCAACGACAGCGACAAAUCCAGGUCUCGGAUCUUCGAGAUCUUUCAAGGCGUUCAAGAGCGGAUGGAUAGAGUUUAUUCAAGUUUGCAAGAAACUCGAAGUGCUAUCUCUGGCCCAGCAUUGUAUGACUGGGUAGCCGCUGAUUUUAGCUAUUAUGCAAUCUAUGUCGAUAUGCUUCGAACACGGCUAGGCUACGAUGGCAGUCCAGCAACUCACUCCGACUGCUUAGUAUACUCGAGACGAGCGCUCAGAGCAUUCCAUUACCUCCAAGAACAUGUCGAUCAUAUGCCAGGAUUCAACGACCCAGAACCGUCUUUUCUAACAUGGACCAUCGCUUUAUACCCAGCGGCCCCGUUUUUCGUUGUCUUUUGUAAUAUUAUUGCCACUUCGGAUGAGACCGACUAUCGCUUGGUACAGCAGAUAAUAAAGGGGCUAUCACAAUUCAAAGCUACUCCGUAUCUAGCACGUCUGCUAAGCCUAUUAACGUCUCUGCUGCGGCUUUGUGAUCCCUUAUUUCAUAACAUGGAUUACCAGAAUCGACAAUCACAUAUGACAGAAGAAGGCCCUUCAUCGACACAAGCACCGCCCAACCAUGUGCCGACCAACACAAGUGUCCCCGCCUUUGAAACUGAGCUCACGCAAGGUUUGGGUCCCCAGCUAUCAUCAACUGCCUACACGACGUAUAUGAGUGCAGAUGUCUCGGAGCAAGGAGUGGGGGAUGCAUGCUACCCAAUGGCAGACGACCUUAUGUGGCAGCUAGUUAAUAGCCAAUUUCCUUACAGCUGGCUUGGGGCGGAUGCUAUUCUUGAUAUCUUUUGA